AGAGCGUUGUUAUUGAUUUCAAAAUAACAAAAAAAACACAUCUCCCUUCCCUAGUUCCCCGUUGCUGUGAACAACGCUGCCCCCCACCCUGCCUCUUGAUCAAUCGCCGGCCGUCAAAUCCCGGACUGCCUGACCAGUCACCCACCGACGUUGCGGCCAGACCAAUCACCCACCGACGCUACUCGUCUGCCGCAUAACCACCUGUUGCGGUGGCUGCAGCCAGGGUUUUGCAGACGCUCUUCAUCAGUCGAGAAGCUCAGUAGAGAGAGAACACACCAAUAUUUCCCCGCCGUCAAAGAAGAAGAGCGUUCUUCAUCAGUCGAGAAGCUCAAGCAAGCGAAAAUGGCGAAGAUAAACUACAAGAAACUUCAAGGCAGCCAAAACCUAAGGCUACGUCUUCUUCUCUCAACACUCUCCUCAACUCCAAUUCUCAUCGUCGACAUUCGAUCAAAUGAAACAAUCCCCGGCCUUCUUCCUCACGAAAUCUCUCUCCUACGACUCAUCGAAAAAGUCUGCGAUGAUUGUCAUGUUGAAAUUAAUGAAACUGGUACGAAAUUGAAGUACAAGCCUGGUAUUGUGAUGGGUGGAAAGUAUUUGGUUCAUGAUUGUGGGUUGAGUCGUUCAAUUGGUUAUUUCUUGGAACCACUUGUGGUUUUAGGUUUGUUUGGGAAGAAGCCUCUUUCAAUUAGGCUCAAAGGUAUAACCAACGAUUCUAAGGAUCCAUCCAUUGAUACCUUCCGGUCAACUACCUUGAACAUUUUGAAACGCUUUGGAGUUCCUUCAGAAGGUCUGGAGCUGAAAAUUGAGAACCGUGGAGUACCCCCUCUGGGUGGUGGAGAAGUAGUUUUGUCAGUACCAAUUGUGCAUACUAGUUUAACGGCAGUGAACUGGAUUGAUGAGGGAAUGGUUAAACGCAUCAGAGGGGUGUCUUUUUCUACUCGAGUAUCGGCUCAGUUUGAAAAUGCAAUUAUACAUGCUGCUCGUGGGAUUUUCAAUCGUUUGCUUCCUGAUGUCCAUAUCUUCACCGAUCACAAGGCUGGUGCACAAGCUGGAAAUUCCCCCGGCUUUGGUAUUUCACUGGUCGCUGAAACCACUUCUGGAUGCUACAUCUCUGUUGAUACUACUAUUUCUUAUCCACGAAAAGAGGAGACAGCUGAGAUUGAAGACGAUGAGAGGGCAGAUCUGAAGCCACCUGCGGAUGUUGGUGUGGAAAUUGCUUCUGCUUUACUUGGUGAAAUUGAGCAGGGGGGAGUGGUGGACUCCACACAUCAGGGGUUGUUAUAUCUUCUUUGUGCUUUAUGCCCUCAAGAUGUAUCUAAAAUCCGUGUAGGAAAACUUUCUCCCUAUGGAAUAGAAGCAUUGAGGCUGAUAAAAGAGUUUCUGAGUGUUACAUUUGCCAUCAAACCUGAUCCUUCAACAGGCACGGUCAUACUUAAAUGUGUGGGAUGUGGUUUGAAAAAUCUCUCCAGAAAGCUUUCAUGAUAUGGCCAUCUCUAUACAACUUUCUUCUCCGGUGGAAGUAUGAUGAGUAUUGAAGUAAUAUCGAGAUUUAACAAAUUUUGCAGGUGAUUGGAUUACUGAUUUUGAUAUUUGUAGUUAGUGGUCGUUCUUUCUCAAAGCAGAUAGUUGAUAGCUUCCACCAGCAACAGUGAAAUUCAGAGUCACAUUUAGGUUUUAGUUUGCCUUUUACAGGAGAAACACAAAUUCGACUAUAAUUGAAAUGUUAUUAUUUCUGGACACAUUAUAUUAUACGGAGUAAUUACAACCUUUCUGCCCAAAAUAGAUAUGUGGUCAUUAGCUUGGAGAGUAUUGUAUUGUGAGUCAUUUUUGCAGGCUAGGUUAGAAUUACCAUACCAUGAUGAAAUCAUGUGGCAAUACAAUUUUGUUUUCUGCAUUUGAUAAGUUUUGCUUUUGUAAGACAUACUCCCUUCAUCUGGAAUUAAUUGGUCACAUAUCUCUUUUGUCUGUCGUUGUAA